AAUGGAGGAUUGCACUUGCUACUGGAAUUAGAGGAAUAUUUAUGUUUUAUUUUAAGGAAGAAUGAACUUUGCAAUACUAAUUUAGUUGAUAAAACCUCCCUCCCAGUUCCGGCUAAAGACGUCAAUUUACAAUUCAAGAUUUAUGUGAGGGUGGCCGACAAGGAUUGGGGAGCCAACUUUAGAAAGUUAUCUGCUGGUGCCGCUCUUGUUGGACUGACCUUAUGGCUUGACCACAUGCAGGGUGCAUCAUUGGAAGCUUUUCCUGAAUCCCCAGAGUCCGUAGUGCUGAUCACUGGUACAGCGGAGUACAAUAAGGUUUAUUUGAACGGCACACUCCAGGCAUUUCUUUGGGAGAUGGGGUCUCCAUUUUUACCCUGUAAAACCCGGAGUGGGAUCCUUGUUGCAAAAGCUCAUUCCUUGAGGAUGCGGUUGAAGGACUCUCCAUUUUGCUUGGACCUUGAGUUGAGAUAUAGCCCUUUUCUUCCUGAGACUAAUUCGAUGCAGCUGAUUGAAGGAUGCUAUAUUAGACGAGGUCUCGUUCCUGCUUUCAACAACAUAAGGGAUAGGCUUGGUCAAGUAACACCUAGAAAGUUUGCAAGACUUGCAUUACUCUCAGACAAGAAACGAGAUAGAGUUAUACGUGCUGACAUAGAAGGUAGAAGAGAGAAGUUAGCCAAGCUGGAGAAAACUGCGGUUAUGAGAAAGAAAGAUGAGCAGCUUGUGCAAGCAAAAGCUCAGAUGAAGGCAGAUUUAAAAAGAAAAAGUGAGCAAGUGGUGAAUGAGUAUGUAAUUGAAAAACAGGUAAAGUUUCUGUUGCUUGUACAGUUUAUACAACAGUAAUGAGGAACAAUUUCAAAUGGUCUCAUCUGUAAAUUGUAGAAAUCAAUUAUUUUAUGUAUUAUAACAAACAGUUUCCUUCAUGCGGCUUGGAGACUAGGGAUGUCUUUUAAAUUCUGAGAGAUGAUAUUGUUACAUGUUUCUGGGCUUCUCAAUUGGGCAGGAUCCUGAUUUGAAGCUUGUACCAAAUAUUAGGUCA